GUUGGUUCUCGAAGAAGCUUUCCCGUCUCUUCUUUGACGACCCCUUUCAGGUAGCGAUAGAUGGGUACCAAACAUUGGCUGGCUUCCAGAAAGACAUGCUCACGAGGCUGGAAGAUUCCAUGCUCUACCACUGCAAAUUCUUCGUGUCCCAGGGCACGUGUGCCGGCAUCCGCAACGCACGAUUCGCCAAACAUCGUCUGACACGGCGCCGGCGCGUCUUUCCGAGCAAGAUCAGCCCCGGAGAGGAGUGCUAUGGGCACAACACGACCGGCCACGGUUCGGCAGCGGAUGUCGUUGUCCACGAGCGAUGUCAGAUGGUGCGUUGCUACCGCGAGCUUCUGGAAAAGCGAUGCCUGGCUUCGUUAGGCAAGUCGCCCAUCGCUGAGGCGACGCUGCACAACAACUGCGCGUGA